GAGCAAAGAAAUUGUCAUGGUCGCGCCCUCUUAUAGUGGCCAAAACGCAGAGUCGUGUUAUCGGAAAUUGCGAAACUUCCCCGUGAUGUUUCACUAUAAAUUGCAAUCUCAUAGAGUGGGAUAAUGGAAGAGUCCGAAUGCACGCUAUGCAUGGGGUGGAAGAAGCGGAGAGUAUCUUGGAUUUUGUAGUUUCUUUGAACAAGUCCCUGUUUAGUUUUUUUCACUCCUGUAUGAGGAUGUUGCUUCAAGUUCUGUAGCAGGUAUCAAAGAUCUCGAGAAGUAAGGGUUAAUAUUACUUAUCCAUGUGCGAGGCCACUCAACAUCCUGAUGACAGGUUGGCCAAGGAUGACCGAGCCAGAGAACUCGCAAGCAUUCAUUCCAAUCAAAUUGAGGACAUUCAUCAGGUGCCAAUGGACGUGAUAAUACGACCCUUGCCAUCGACCCUUGAGGAAGAAAAAGUUCAAAGUCUGAUUAGAACUUUGCAGAAUCCACAAGAGCGUGAUGAUGUUCCACCAAUUGACAUCCUCUGGAUUGUAGGGAAAGAGGGUGGGAAUUACUAUUACUCCUUUGGUGGGUGUCAUCGAUAUGAAGCCCAUCGCCGUCUUCAAUGCCCUACCAUAAAGGCUAAGCUCAUUCAAUCAAAUGUUGAAGACCUUCAUUCCUACCUUGGUGCCUCUACUCCAGACUUGAAAUGAAGAGAGUGAUGGGAGGAACAGGUUGAAGUUAAGUGAGGAUAGGCAUCUUUACAUGUAUUUCAAGGGACCAUGGCUUGUGAGAUAUUUUAAAAUUUGUUUUGUUCCAUGCAUCAGUAUUUCUUAACUCUUUUUCACAUUACUCUGCUUUGUCUUUCUGAAAUUGAGCAAAGUAAGCUUUGAUAUCUUCAUAUAUUUUGAAGAAAAUGAUUGCUUCUGUUUAUGCAGUUUAUCCAUCUCCAGGAUUUGCAUCUAAACUUAACAUAGAACAGGGUUCAUCAGUGAAAGGCCUCUUCUAAUAAUCUCAAAAAAAUUUAUUACCAUAAUAUGCCACUUAACAAAUAGCAUUGACAAGAGUACCACAAAUUUCACAGGUGACAAAUACAGCAACAGGGUUGACAUGAACACAUCCAGUAUGAAUAACAUUUGAAGACAAUCUCAGACUCAGAUACAGUACUUGUGUACCUGUGUGCAAGAAGCAAAUCCAUCAGAAUCUCUCCAUGGAUUCUUUGCUGUAGAAAACAUGAAAAUUUGAUAUAUAAAAAACAUAAAGAAACUCAAACAAUUCCACACGCUGCCCCAACACACGAGAUCAAAUAAACCAUUUGAAUGUAAACUUCAAGAGAUAUCAGAGCUAUAGAUACAGUUCUUUUGAGAAAGACAGUCUGAGGGAAAACUAUUUAUACUGAAUCUGUGAGAUGCACACUCUCCCUGUGUCAAGGAUACCAGCAGAAUAAAAGUCAACCUCAGAUUCUUAUCAUACCAAAGAUGGUAACAACCACUGAAACUGAGCUCAUCCAAAUACAUGUGCAUUUUUGUAUGGCACAUUCAAUUCAUGCAUGAAUUGAAAAUGAUUCUACAAAUAAGGGGGGCUGGCAUGAAAUUCACUAGAUGAAACACUUCAACUAAAAGGUCAGGUAAUAUCCUCCAGUGAUGAUUAUCUCUACACAGGAAAAAUAAAAUUGCUUGAACUGGUCUACAAAAUGAUGCACAACCUCAAAAUUUAUCUUGCAAGGCAAACAUAUAGAACAUGACUCAAUCUAAGUAGGCAGAUUGAAGAGGAUGGAAAAGCAGCUUUUCAUUUCAAAGCACCUUUUCAUGAGCCACUAUGAGAAAACUUGCUUCCACUCUCUCAAACUGGCUAAAUAGUUACAAUUGCAUGUAAUACAGAUUUGGCUAAGAAAAAAUACCAGAAUAUUACCAUCAGGAAAUAAAGCUGUCAUAAUGCCC